GGGAGGGGCCAGCGCGGCGCCCGGGGCGCAGCGCCUAAGCCCUGAGAGCGCUGCGCCGGAGCAGAGUGGCAAGGAGCGCGAGCCGAGGUCCCCAUGGAGCGGUACAAAGCGCAGGGGUGCUGCUGUCUGGUGGUACAGAGAAGGAUCCUGCAGGUUUCUGCUUCCCUGGAGCAGCUGCUGACCGAGCUGGAAGACUUCCUCAAGAUUCUCGAUCAGGAGAACCUGAGCAGUACCGCCGAGGUGAAGAAGAGCAGCCUGGCGGAGCUCCUCCGGCUGUACAUCAAAAGCAGCAGUUCCGAUGAGGAGUACAUUUACAUGAACAAAGUGACGGUCAACAAGCAACAGAAUGCUGAGUCCCAAGACAAAGAGCCGGAGGAGCAGAACCCGCUGACCAACGGGGAGCCCCGCCAGCACUCCACGGCCCCUCAGAAGAGUCUUCCAGACCUCCCACCUCCCAAGAUCAGUCCAGAACGGAAACAGCUCUCCAUCCCCAAGACCGAGUCUCCAGAGGGUUACUACGAAGAAGCAGAGCCAUAUGACGUGUCCCUCAACGGUCCUUCUGGCAGAGGUCCCCCCACUGGAGUCCCCAGAUGGGUGCAGGUGCCCGAAGGAGUCAUUUACGCCACCAUCACCUUGGAGGAUGGAGAGGCCGUGAGCAGCUCCUACGAGUCCUACGAUGAAGAAGAGAGCAGCAAAGGCAAGUCGGCCCCCCACCAGUGGCCCUCCCCUGAGGCCAGCAUCGAGCUGAUGCGUGACGCCCGCAUCUGUGCCUUCCUGUGGCGCAAGAAGUGGCUGGGGCAGUGGGCCAAGCAGCUCUGCGUCAUCAAGGACACCAGACUCCUGUGUUACAAGUCCUCCAAGGACCACAGCCCCCAGCUGGACGUGAACCUGCUGGGCAGCAGCGUCAUCCACAAGGAGAAGCAGGUGCGAAAGAAGGAGCACAAGCUGAAGAUCACGCCGAUGAACGCCGACGUCAUCGUCCUGGGCCUGCAGAGCAAGGACCAGGCCGAGCAGUGGCUCCGGGUCAUCCAGGAGGUGAGCGGCCUGCCUUUGGAAGGGGCGUCCGAGGGAAGCCAGUGCAGCCCCGAUGCCCAGCGCCCGAACUGUCAGAAGCCAGAUGCAACCGACAAGUACCUGUCAGCCCCAGAGUAUGGCAGCUCCGUGGAUGGCCACCCCGAGGCCCCAGAGACCAAAGAUGUCAAGAAGAAAUGUUCUCCUGGCCUCAAGCUGAGCAACCUGAUGAACCUGGGCAGGAAGAAGUCUACCUUGCUGGAGCCCCCGGAGAGGUCCCUCGAAACUUCCAGUUACCUGAACGUGCUGGUGAACAGCCAGUGGAAGUCUCGCUGGUGCUCCGUCAGGGACAGUCACCUGCACUUCUAUCAGGACCGGAACCGAAGCAAGGUGGCCCAGCAGCCCCUGAACCUGGUGGGCUGUGAGGUGGUCCCCGACCCGAGCCCGGACCACCUGUACUCCUUCCGCAUCCUCCACAACGGGGAGGAGCUGGCCAAGCUGGAGGCCAAGUCUUCCGAGGAAAUGGGCCACUGGCUCGGCCUCCUGCUCUCCGAAUCAGGCUCCAAGACAGACCCGGAGGAAUUCACCUACGACUAUGUGGAUGCAGACAGGGUUUCCUGUAUUGUGAGUGCGGCCAAAAGCUCUCUGCUACUGAUGCAGAGAAAGUUCUCAGAGCCGAACACGUACAUCGACGGGCUGCCCAGCAAAGACCGCCCGGAUCUGCUGUAUGACGAAGUGGAGAUGUCGGAGCUGACAGCCGCGGUGGAUUCCGAGGAAGCCACCCCUGCCACAGAUGCUCCAAGCGAGCCCACUCCUGACCACGUGUACCUGGACCUCACGCCGGUCAAGUCCUUCCUGCACGGCCCGGCGGGCGCCCAGACCCGAGUGUGCUCCCCCACUCCGCCCUGCCCAGACCCUCCCACCGAGCCUCUCCCUGCAGACCCAGGCCACACUUCAGAUGAGCCGUUCAUCAAGUCCGCAGAGACCCCCGAGUCACAGCAGAUUCAACAGGAGAGUCCAGAGCCCGAGGAGGCUUCACAGAGAAUCACAACAGUCAAAAUCCAGACCGAACAACAAAAAAUCUCCUUCCCACCGAGCUGCCCCGACACUUUGGCCACCUCCCCAGCCGGGGCUGGCACACCUGUGAAGGGCAAGUUGAGGGUGACUCCUGCAGAGAUCAAACUUGGCAAGAACCGGACAGAAGCCGAGGUGAAGCGGUACACGGAAGAGAAGGAGAGGCUGGAGAAGCAGAAGGAAGAGAUCCGGGGGCACCUGGCCCAACUCCGGAAAGAGAAGCAGGAGCUGAGAGAGACCCUGGUAAAGUGCACAGACAAAGGAGUCCUGGUCAGCCUGGAGCAGAAGCUGAAGGAAAUUGAUGAGCAGUGCAGGGAGGAGGAGAGAAGGCGUGUGGACCUGGAGCUCAGCAUCGUGCAGGUGAAGGACAACCUGAAGAAGGCCGAGGCCGGGCCCGUGAUGCUGGGCACCACAGUGGACACCACCCACCUGGAGAAUGUGAGCCCCCAACCCAAAGCUGCCACCCCCACCCCAGACUGUACCCCUGUCAACUCCGCAACGGCGCUCAAGAACAGACCUCUUUCCGUCAUGGUCACGGGCAAAGGCACCGUCCUCCAGAAAGCCAAGGAGUGGGAGAAGAAAGGAACAAGUUAGGAAACAAGCUUUCUCCAAAGACUCUGCUGUCAGCAUGGACCUUGGUGACAAUCUGGCUUCGUUCAAGUCUUCGGUCAAGCAGCAGCUCUGUGACAGGGUGAGUCCAUGUGGCAGGAAACAGCAGGACAGGGGCGCUGCGCGUGGAGACCGUCGGCCAGGAGGCAGCUCUGGCCCCUUUCACAGCAAAAGAGUGAGUUCGACAGAAAAAAAAGAGUCGUGAUCUUAGCAUCGAUGCCAUGUAUGACAUGCUUUUUGAGACAUGGUAACAGGAGAAAAUUGGGGGGGGACCAAGCGGAAGCACUGUCCCCACUAAGUUAAGGACUUUUUAAAGUGACACUGUAUUAUAUAAAUCCUGUAAUUUAGAACAGAGAAGUGUCUGUUGAGAUUUAACAGACUUUUUACAUCCCCAUAGAAAAAAGAUUACCUUGUGUUUACAGAUUCAGUCCCGUGGCCAGGCCAUUCUUAAGAGAAGAGUUAUUUAAUAUAAUGCUCUCAUAGUCCCCGUUUUUUAAGUUGUGCCUAUUGCCCAGGCCCCUUCCAAGGAAAAAAAAGUGGUUUUUGUUUGGGGUGGUCUCCGUGUUCUCGUAAAAUGGGCAGCAGUGCCCGCUCUAGUCUUCGAGGGUAUUGUUUGUGGGACACCGGUUGAAACAUUUCAUCUGCCAUCCUGCCUCACAUCCCUCGGGGCUGUGGACCAGAGUUCUCUGACACUGGCUCCUGGAAACUAAAGGCCUUCUCAUUCUUGUCUUUCUAAUCCCAGGGCAUUUAUUUCCUCUGUCAUAAACACUUGGUGUCUUUGGACCAAGUGGCGAGUUACAUUUUUUGUAAAGGAAUAAAAUGUUCAUUGCA